UAAACCACAUUUUAGACGUAGGUUACACAUCGACUUAAACAGGGCAUCAUGUCUGACAGUUGUGACGCCCUUAGAAACGCUUCAGAGGAAGCCAGCGAUGCGACGGUGGGAGUGCACUUCAUACAUCUGGAAGAAGUAAAGGACGUAUCUGAGGAGCAGCAGCAAGAUACCAAUGAACAACAAGAGCUGAGGAGAAGACUCUAUGAGGCUGCAACUUGCCUCAGAGAGAAGAGGGAGAACCAUGAUAGGUUGUUUAAGGAUGGACUGGACCUGGAGGCGGAGAUAAAAGAGACGGAGGCUGAGAAUAAAAGCCUCACCGGCAAAGUGAAAGAGUUAAAACAACAGUUGGAAAAUAUAAGAAAAAGGAAGGCAGAGGAGGAGGAGGGUGAAGAAGCCCUGCGCCAGGAGAUUCUGUCUGAGGAAGAGAACUGGAAGCUGGGGAAUCAGUUGACACAUAACAUAAGGAAGAUGGAAAAGGAGAACGAGAAUCUGCGGGAGAAAAUUGAGGAUUUGAAAGCUAAGAACUAUCAGGAACCAAUCCAACGGCUGGGGACAGCUGAGCAGGAGUUAAAGCACAACCUGGAGCAGGUUCAGGAAGUCCUACGUAGGAAAGAUGACGAAAUAGAGCAGAAAUCUGUGACCUUGAUUCAAUUCAAUAACAAGAUAGAGGAGAGUUUGAACAGCAUCACGAAGCUCAAGCAGGAUCAGCAGAAACUUCAAAAGCAGCUGAGCAGGAGACAGGGGGAGCAAAUAUUAGCUGCACAGAACACAUCAACAAUGGAUAAGAAGGGUGGAGAGGAUAAAGAUGGGAGACCCUUAAUGAAUAAAAAGUGGUUGUGUCUGAAGAGCCUGUGGGAAGGAGUAAAGGUAGGAGGACGCAUCCUCUUUUGUGUCCUCCUUCUUUUGGGUAUCAUUGCCUCCAUGGUGCCUGUCUGCAACUGUCCAGAUCCUGACUGCAACCUUUGGGACAUCGCUUUCAACCUGCUGGAGCCCUACGGCCAGCUCCAUCACACACUCCGCCAUUACUAAUAGCUAGCUCACUGUCACAAGCACCGCAUUACACAAAGUAGUGAUUACACAGGGUAAAAAUAGAGAUUAUAGAGUUAAAAUAAUUGUUUAGCCUUAGUAAUAAGUACUGGAUAAAUGGUUGAAAUAGGAACAAAACUAAGAAGAUCUAAAAUAGCCGCUUAACACUUUGCUUCCUGUCUGGCAGAAAGGGGACUUCCUUAUUUAUAGUCCUUCUUAGGGUUUCUUCCAUUUGUUCCCGUUAAAGGGAUCUUUGGGAGUUUUUCCUUGCCCUCCUGAGGAGGGUGCUUUUUCUAAAAUUUUGCGUGUCAAAUAGGCUACAAUGACUGUGAACUGUUAGCAGUAAACACUUUGUAGUGCUAUUUGUUUAAGUACCGGAGCUUACCUAUAACGGUUAAAUUGUGGCUUGUUUCGACUGUUAACUCCUUACUAUCAAUUACCUUUCAAAUUAGGUUUUUGCUGCCUUGUCAUCUUCACAAGCUAACAGUUAGCUAGCUAUAAACUAGGAAAAAAAUAGUUUAAAGCUCUGUGCAGCUCA